AUGCUUGCAAUGCCAAUUCAUCAAAAUAUCAAACGUAGUAUUGGAUUUGACAGAUUAAUUAGCAAAUACAAUUCUUCUAGUGAUUCAGGACGCAGGAAUAUUCGGAAAAAACGGGCCACUGACCAAAAUUGUAAUAGCGGAUUUUGUUGCUUAAAAAGUGUAUAUUUUGAUUUUCAUGAGCACGGCAUGGAUAAUAUUAUUAGGCCAUCAGGAUUUAACAUGAAUUUUUGUGAUGGCGAAUGCAAUAUGCAAAUUGAGACUAAUGAUCGUGAUGCAUUAAUUUUGCAAGACAGAAUUAAUCAUCCAGAAAGUCCAUUCCGACGACGAUUAUCUUGUUGCAUACCAAUUAAAUGGUCAUCUGUUGAGCUAUUUCGAUGUGCAAUUAUAUGUGUUCUCUUUGGCGCUUUGGGUAAAAAUGGUCAAAAUCUUUUGACAGUUAUUGUUUUCAAUAGUUUGAGCAGUGGCCCAGUCGAGAAUAUUGUUCGAAAUUUUCAAGUUAGUACAGAUAUGAUAACCUGUCACAUUAAGCAAAAGGAAGAUAUGAUGACACAACGAGUUGUUAUGGCUACUGGACCAAUUGAAAGUUUUAUGGCUAAACAAUUUGGUAAAUCAGCAUCAAAAGGACGUAAAGUGAUAGCAAUGCUAAAAUCAUUGGUAGAGCCAAUUGAAUAUGAUUUCACUUUAAGCGAUGAAGACAAAGCAUUAGCAACAACAAUUGAUGCUGCUGAGGUUCUACACAAACGUGAUAUGUUGCUUAAUAAAGAACCAGAAGAUGCAAAAAAAGAUUUAGAAAAUAAAAUGCAAAAAUCAGCUGCACCAGCAUGGAAUAAAUUUAAAUCAAAAAAUAAAUGUUAUUCUAUUCUUUGGUUUUUACCAUUAUUUAAAGGACAUAUUUGCGAUAAAUUUGAUACACUUCAAAUUUGUCAAGUUUCAAAAAAGGUUGGUGAAGCGAUUACAUUUUGUGAUCAAAUGACUAAUCAGGUAUUAUCACGAACUAAAAAUUUAGAUAGUGAUUUGACUGAUGCGCAUAAUUUAACGGAAGAUAUUUUAGAUCAUCUCCGCGUUAAUAUGCAUUAUCGAGCAAUUGUUGAGCCACGAAAUGUUCGAAUUUAUGGGAUCAAAGAAGUGAAAUAUCGAAUUGCUCAAAAUUUUCGUUUAUUAAAAAUUAUAUUGAUAACAUUGAAACAAAUUUUGGGUUGCUUAUUUGUUGUUAUGAUUUAUACCAUAUUUCGUGAUUCUGUUAAAAUGAUAAAUAAUUAUCUAAAUGAUAUUGAUUUUGAUAACGUUUAUUUGACGUCAUACUUUUGGCAUAUUGAUCGUAAACGUAAAAAUGAGGGAAAAAUAUUUUUACAUCCAUUAAGUAAUGCUGAAAUGCGUGCAAAUAAUUUGAUGACACCAAUUUCUCCUCCAACAAAAGCAGAAAUACGCGCUUCAUGGUUACCACUUGCAAAAUUUACAUUUUUAUUUAUUACCGCUUUGUUUGUUGCAUUUGUUGAUUUUGUCUUUUACAGAGUUAUUUAUAAUAUUUCAAAAUAUACAUCAAAAUAUGUAACAAGCGAGAGUCAACAAUUUUUUAGUUUUAAGAUUGAUGGUACCGGAUUUAUAGCUGAUUUAGUAAAGGAAAUGAUCGAAUUUGAUUAUCACAGUUAUAGAAAUAUGACGGUUUCACUAGAGGAAUGCAUUUAUAAUCCGGUAUCACCAAACUGGUUAUAUGCCGGAAAAUAUAUUCUCUUCCCACUCGGAAUAAUGUUUCUUCUUCAGGUUAUAUUUGGUUAUGUGAUUAAACGUAUUACACUUUUUUGUGUAAUUGGAAAUAUUUUUCGUAAACGUAAUAAAGCACGUGUCAUACAUCUUUACAAUAAAAUGUUAUUUGUACGUACGAAUGGUCGAAAGUUAGCACGAGCACGAAUACGUUUUCAAGUGGAACGUAGAAUUUUAGAACGUGAAGAAAUUCGUCGAAAAAGCAAAUUAUUUGCUGAAACAAUAGUGGAAAAAUUGUUAGAUUUUCUAUUCAAAACUGGAAUAUGUUUAAUGUGUGAAGUGAAAUAUUAUAAGAGAAAUUUAAUUAAUUGCUCAAAUUGUCCAGCAUCUUAUUGUUCUGCAAAAAAAGGCGAAGUUACGUCAACAAAGACGACGUAUAAUCCAUUGGAUGUGCCAAAAGUUGAAAUGUCCGAAGCUUCUUCACCUUCUAAAUGA